AUGUUUCGUCUUGCAUCAGCUCUUCGACCAUGCACCAGCUCCAUCCGACAGAUCAGCACCUCCAAAGCACUCUCAGAGGGAUUCGGAGCUGUUCCAAAAGGUUUCAACCAAUACAAAGAGUCUACAUUUGACGAAGACCCUGCUGAGAGGCCGCAUCGAAGACCUUUACCAUCGUAAGUCUUGUUUUCAAUUUAGUUUUGGUUUUUGAGAGCUGUAGAAAGGAAGAAUAUUAUUGGUGAAGAAAAAUUCCAGAGUGAACAGAAUCGAAUUGAUUGGUGGAGUCGCGUCCGACAUCAGGCUAAAUCAGACACAGAACGGAAAGGAUAUUGCAUCAUUCACAGUCGCCACGAAUGUAGAAGUGAGGAGAGUUGACGGAUCCCUGGCUGAGUUUACUGACUUCCACAAUGUCACUGUCUUCGGACCAUUGGUGAAAUUCGUGCAGAAUAACUUGCAGAAAGGUAAUUUAUAGCGUUUCUAUUGUUUCUAUUUUUUAUUUUUUAUCGUUGUAUAUACUGUAUAUGUAUGGUUAUAGGUUCACGAGUUGUGAUAAACGGACGGUUAUCUUACAUUGGAGGUGUUGCUGAUGAGCUUGGAAACAGAACCCCAAAACAAGCAGUGAUAACUGCCGAAUUGGUUCAGCCUCUGGCCAGGAUUACAAAGAGAGUCGAAUAG